CAGAUGUCCUUUCUCGUGCAAAUAUCGAUCUGAAAAAUUCACUGACGCACAACUCAUUUUAUGGUGUUAUCCAUUAUUAUCUAAUGUUGUUCACGUUUUUUCGUCGUCUCAAAAACUAUAUUCUCAAUGUAAUUCAAUCAUGUUUUCCUACCGACAGAAUCGCCGAGUACAUGUGCUCCGAAGUCACCACACCGCUGAAAAUGCCGAAAAACUGUCAAGUGGAAAACGUCCAACUGCAGGCCUCACGUGAGCUCUUCUACUUUGUGAUCUUCUUCACAACUCGGCCAUACAUCGUGAUAGCCUUUGACAUGGAUCGCAUCGCGUUACAAUCCCGCCCCGUAAACCUGCACGACUUGAAGGAUGCGCUAACCUACCAAACUAUCGAUGGAAAUACGAAAAGUGAAUUGACGCCUAUGAAAGGAGUCGGGCUGAGACAUUGGGUAGAUCACCUGAUGAGAGUUUUGGACUACCCGAAAAUCGAUAUAGUGAAGAUAGAGGAUGAUGGAUUUGAAACGGCAGAUGGAGUUAUUUUGAUGGAUGUGUUAGAAGGAGUAAAAGUAGAAGCCUACGAGAGUUGUAUUAAAUCUGAAAAGUGUAUUGAGCAAGUUCAAAGUAACUUUUGCUGCUCUCAGAUUCUGGAAAUAAAAUCUGAAAUACCGAAGACAAGAACAAUUCAACAAUUGCUCAGCAGCAAUUUCGAUGAGCUCACCUAUUUCCAAAUGACUCCUCAAUCAGGCCUCACACUGAAUGAUAUAUUACUCCUUAACAGUAAAAGUGUAAAGUUACAGUCUUCUAUAUUAAGCAUGAAAGAGUGGAAUCUAGUGAUAAAGCAUUUGAUCAAUGGAGGAUGUCCUAUACUUCAAUCAGUAACUAUUGUCAAUUCUCCGAGAAGAUUGGAUAUAAAAGUUUUGAUGAAAGGAGUGAACUAUGUGGAGUGUUAUGAUAAAAGUGAAGAAGUGAUAGUGGAUAGUGAAGCUGUUCGGGUUAAGAAUUUGUAUCAAAUUGUGGAUGAGAAGAUCGAUAUAAAGCUCGAAACGUGGAAGAGAUAUAAUUGGUUCACUAUCACAGUUUAUUGAUUUUUAAAAAAGGAUAUUGAUUUAAUAAAUUCAGUUGAAUUGAA